AUGUUGGCUUCUUUCUUGCAGAAGGAGGUGUGCCGUGUGCGAGUUCAAUCAUGGCUCAACAUGCUUGCGUACCUGGUGAAUCUUGGUAUCACCUACGGCUCCUUGACUGGGGCCUUUGGCGCCACCAACGAAGAGUUGAGCGAGAAGUAUCAGAGCCUGGUUACACCAGCUGGAUAUGCCUUUGCCAUUUGGGGAGCCAUCUUCACUUGGGAAGGCAUCUUUGCUGUGGCACAGAUGUUUCCCUCUCUCAGCACCAGCCCAGUGGUUGACACCGUCACACCUUGGUGGAUAUAUGCCUGCUGCUGCCAGGUUGCAUGGACGCUUUUCUUUGCUCAGGACCUGAUUCCCGGAUCCCUGGUGUGCAUGUUGGGAAUCCUUCUCGGUUUGGUCAUGGCCAUUCUGCGCACAGACUUCCUGCCCGAGAUCUCCCUGAAGGAGUACUUCUUGCUGAGGGCACCUUUUUCAUUGCACUGUGGAUGGAUCAUCGCCGCGAGUGUCUUGAAUAUCAACGUCUUUGCAGACUACUACAUGUCAUCGCAAGAGACAUUGCUGAUGUUAGCCAUGGUUUGUCUCGCCGGCAUCGCCGUGAUCGUGGCCUUGUUCACAUUUGCAGCUCCCAGGGCCGACCCUUUGAUUGGUUUAGUGGCCGCUUGGGCCCUACUUGGCAUCUAUGUGGAACUGGAGAACCCUGAGAACUUGCUGAACAUGAACAAGUUCAAUUACAUUGCUUGGCCUCAGUUUGUGAUCGAAUCAGUUCGACGAACCGCCUUGGUGCUGAGUAUUGCUAGUGCAUGUGCUGCCUCGAUUGCCAUUUUUCGCAGUGGAUGGCAAAGGAUGCGUGCGUCUGACAAGUCUUUGACCAGUGACGAUGCCACCGCUGUGAUUUGA